AUGGUUAUAGGAAUUGAAGAGGUUAAAAAUGUAGGCAUUCUUGUUUUAACAUGGGGUUUCCAGCUUGAAAUUACAGGCCAAUGUAAAAUCUACAAACUAGGCCAUAGGCUAGCACACAAGUUGUAUUCAGUAAAUAUUCUUCAGUCGAAGUUAUCUGCAAUUUCUGUCACUUUACUACUGCCUAGUGGUGGCAAAAUGACUAACCAACGGUUAGUUUGUGGAAGCUGUAUACCACAACAACAUGUUGAAUCCACUUAUCAAAGUCUUUUUGCUCUUCAAGUUUUCCUUGAGGAGGCUACAGAGGAAGCCAAAGAUAAUGAAACUCUAAAGAGUUUGGAAAAGAGGUUGAGAGAUGUAGUCUACAAACUAGAAUAUAGAGUUGAUUCAAGACUAAGAAGUGUCAUUGUAGCAGAUAGCGGAGAUGGCCAAGAAAGGGCUUGUGAAAAAGAUGUUGAUUCUCUCAAGAAAGAGGUGAUGCAGAUCGAGUUUAACAAGCACGGAAGCAAAUUAGCAACAACUUCUUCCUCAUCAAGAAGGUAUGCAAUUGAGCAAAAUACUGUUGUUGGAAUGGAGGAUGACUUCAACGCCAUACUAGAUCGCCUCACUGCACAAACACAUGAGCUAACUGUCAUACCAGUUGUAGUUAUGGGCGGUAUAGGUAAGACAACUCUUGCUAGAAAAGCUUAUGAUGAUUCAUCUAUUCGAUAUCGAUUUGAUACACAUGUAUGGGUCACAAUCUCAGAGAAGUACAAUGAGAGACAAGUGCUACUAGAUGUUGUUAUGUCAAUAAGUCGGGAUAUAAGUGAUGAAAGCUAUGAAAUAAUGAGCAUAGAUCAACUAGCAGAGAUUGUGUAUAAAGGUCUAAAGGGUAGGAGAUUUCUAAUUAUCAUAGAUGAUCUUUGGAGUACUGAGGUAUGGGACCAAAUGCAAAGACUAUUUCCAAAUGAUAACAACAAAAGCAGAAUCCUAUUAACAACUCGCCUUAACUAUGUUGCUGAUUAUGCAAGCCCUGAUUUCCCCCCUCAUAGAAUGUCUUUUCUAAGUUUAGACGAUAGCUGGAAUCUGUUUACUGAAAUGCUAUUCAAAAAAGAUCUUUGUCCUCCACAACUACAAAAAAUAGGGAAGCAUAUCAUACAACAAUGUCGAGGAUUACCUCUAUCGAUUGUUGUCAUUGCUGGACUUGUUGGCAAGAUGGACCCGACACAUGAUAAUUGGAAGAAAAUUGAGGAAAAUUUGAACUCAUUCUUUGGUACGGUUUCUGAACAGUGUCAAUCAAUUCUUUCAUUGAGCUACAGUUACUUGCCCCAAUAUUUGAAGGCUUGUUUUCUCUAUGUUGGAGGUUUUCCUGAAGAUAUGGAGAUUAAUGUUUCCAAGCUGAUUAGGCUAUGGAUUUCUGAGCAGUUUAUAAAAGCAAGAAGCUAUAAGAGGUUAGAGGUGGUGGCAGAGGAGUAUCUACAAGACUUGAUUGAUAGAAGUCUAAUUUUGGCCGGUAAACGAAGGGCUAAUGGAAGGAUGAGAACUUGUAAAAUUCACGAUCUUCUUCGUCAGCUGUGCAUAAUAGAAGCUCACAAUGAAAAUGUUGUGCAUGCCAUGAAUGCAAAUGUCCCCAUGUUCUCAGAAGCCAUAAAUGAUCAACGACGAGUAAUUGUUCCAUUUGAUAUUAAAGAGAAGCAUGUUUACCCUACAAGGCAUAGCAGUGUCAUUACAAGUAUGAUCCGGACCUUUAUUUUUACGAAAUAUUCUGAUUUAGAUUUUAUAGAACGUUUUUGUUCCAUAGUUUCAACGUUCAAGCUGCUUAAGGUGUUGGACGUAUAUAAUGUCCGUUGCGAUUUCUCAAGUGUAAUACCUAAACUUAUACAUUUGAGAUAUGUUGCUGCAAACAUUGACAAAGCUCCUUCACUUGCCAAAUUGUGGAAUCUACAAACCAUAAUUCUUCGUAAUUUUGCAAGCAAAGACUUGCAUCUCCCACAAGAGAUCUGGACAAUGUCAGAGAUAAGACAUCUUGAUAUUAGAUGGUCAAUACAUAUGCCUAAUCCUCUUGCGGCAGAAAGUCAUAGUGUUGGAGAACAACCUUUGUUUCUCAAUAACUUGCAAACACUUGUUCUCUGUUCCUCUCCUUAUUUGGCAGAAAUCCUAAGAAGAACUCCCUAUCUAAAUAAGCUGACGAUUUUAGAUGAAUCUCGACAUCCUAACUAUCCUGCUAUUCUUGAUCCUCUCAGUCUUCUACAGGAGCUGGAGACACUAACUAUAGAAGCAGAUUUAGGCAGUGACCUGAUGAUUCUCUCUCGGGAUAUUUUCCCUCCUAAUCUCAAGCAAUUGAAAUUAUCAUAUACUACUUUACAAUGGGAAGAUAUGGUUGUGCUGGCUAAUUUACCCAAUCGCAUAUUCUGCAUUCGAGGGAACAAAUUGGAAACUAAAUGA